UUACUUCAGAUUUCACAGCACCUACAGAAUUUAAGUUUUGACGCGUCUUGAUCUGAAACGUCACCGUUCGAUGUUCUCCAGCGAUGCUGCCUCGCCUGCUGAGUUAUUCCAUCACUCUGUGUCCUUUUUUUUAUUUCGUGAAGGUAUUCCCUGGCUUAAAGCAGAUCAACGGUUAAAAAUACCAUGUGGUGCUGAAUAAAGAAAGGUAUCAAAUUUAAGAUUCGUGUGUGCAGAUAAAUGAGCUUAUUUCAACUUUCCAACCAUACACCGUUUUACGGUAAAAAAAUCUACCGAGGUUACGAACAUCUGUAAUUGCAUAGAAACGCUAGCAAAUACUUCAGGCAACGGCUGGAAUAAACCAAGGAGAAAAUUUUAAUGGCAUUUGAGCAACAAAUCCAAGAGCUGCGGAAAAGCAUGCGUGAAACUGUAACAGUUUAAAUCGGCAUUGAAAAUGAAUUAGAAAUGAUAAAUGUUGGUGAUGAAAGAAAACAAAAACGAUUGGAUUACUGCAGCGAUAUUGCUUCACGCUUCAUUUAUCGUAUGCUUCACACAAUCAAUGUUUUCGGAUUUUAAAAUGUAAAACCACAAUUUUCACGAGUGUACCAUUUGAAUAACAUUGAAUGCAAUGCGAAGAAUCGUGAGUACAGACGAAAGUAAAAACAUGGGCUGGUCAUACCGAUCACAUGAUGGUCAACCUAGGCAACCAACAAUAGUUUACAUUUCCGCUUGUGAAGCUGAUGGUUUCCCGGGCUCCUCUUACUGAGCACACGGUGCUAAACACAACGAGCACGGACUGCCAAAAGAGACGCAUUUUCUGACUAUUGGGGACGACAGCACUCUCAAGGAGUGGGACAAAUGGCUGGAAAGAAGAAAGAAACAACAUUGCAGAUUACUGUCUUUAACCAGGAACAAUGGGAUGAAACAAUGGCAAUAACUGGACUGACUGUGGUCGAUGUGUACCAAGCAUGGUGUGGUCCAUGUAAAGCUGUGAUUAGUUUAUUUCGGAAGAUUAAGAAUGAACUGGGAGAUGACCUCUUGCAUUUUGCAGUGGCUGAAGUGGACAACAUUGACUCACUGCAGAGGUACAGAGGGAAAUGUGAACCCACCUUCCUGUUCUUUGGGGGAGGUCAACUGGUUGCUGUUGUCAGGGGAGCAAAUGCACCAUUGCUGCAGAAUUUCAUUCUGGAACACUUAGCCACAGAAAGGAAGGUGCUUGACGAUGGAGCUGAACGCAAAGCGAUUAAAGACGAAGGCCUAGUGGAAGAAGAGAAAGAGGAAGUGACGGUGAUGCAAGAUGAUGAAGAGGAGAAGUUGGUUACUGCCAACAAGUCAUUUACAGUGGCAAUCAUCAAACCUGAUGCCGUGGCUCACGGGAAAGCAGAUGAAAUUAUAAUGAAGGUCCAGGAAGUAGGUUUUGAAAUUAUCUGUCAUGAGGAGCGGACAUUAACAGAAGAGGAAGCACGUGACCUCUACCAACACACGUCGGAGGAGCCUCAUUUUGAAGAGCUAAUUCACUUCAUGUCAAGUGGGCCCUGCCGGGUUCUGAUCAUAUCGAAACCUGAAGGAACAGACGAUGUCAUUCCACAGUGGAGAGAAUUUAUUGGCCCAACUGAUGUAGAAAUUGCAAGGCAGGAGAAACCUGAAAGCCUCCGUGCUCUCUAUGGUACUGAGAAGCUGUUCAAUGCAGUUCAUGGAUGUGAUGACAAGGAGCAGGCUUCCAGGGAACUUGGCUUCUUCUUCCCGAACUUUGGGGCAAGCUCUGAAGCCCAGAAUCUUGCUGAGCCUGACCAACGUGUGGAGAAGACCCUGGCUCUGAUCAGGCCGGAUAUCUUAAAGGAGAGGAAGGAUUCCAUCCUGCAGAAGAUUAGUGAGGCUGGCUUAGUGGUGGCCUUGCAGAAGGAGAUCUUAUUGACGGAACAACAAGUUUAUGAAUUUUACAGAGAGCACACAGAGGAAGAUUAUUUCCCAGCACUCCUUCAGAACAUGACCAGCGGCCCUGUACUUGCACUGGCCCUUGCCAGCAAAGAUGCGGUUGUACAUUGGAGGGAUCUGCUAGGACCUAAGGAUGUGAGUCAAGCAAAAGAGGAAGCCCCUGAAAGUCUACGAGCACAAUUUGCAGUGGAAUCAGUUCCAAUCAACCAGCUGCAUGGUAGCAGCACACUGCAGGAUGCAGAAAGGGAGCUGAAGUUCUUCUUCCAAAUGGAACACACUCUGGCUGUCAUCAAGCCUGAUGUGAUGGAGAAUCACAGAGAUGAGAUUAUACAAAAGAUUGAAGAAGGAGGCUUCGUUAUUUCGCAGAUGGAUGAAAAGUUCCUGAGCAGAGAAAUGGCUGAAGAGUUCUACAAAGAACACAAGGGCAAACCAUUCUUUGACAAGCUGAUUGAUUAUAUGAUUGAAGGUCCAUCAUUGAUGAUGAUUCUAAGUAAGGAGAAUGCUGUGGCAGAAUGGAGAAGUUUAAUGGGUCCCACAGAUCCCGAGGAAGCCAAGAAAAUAGCACCAGAUUCUUUACGAGCCAAGUUUGCAAAGGACAUGUUACGGAAUUCCUUGCAUGGUGCCUCUGAUCAGAUGCAAGCCACAGAAAAAAUCCAGUUUAUAUUUGGGGACAUAAAUAUAGGAGCAGACGGGAUUGUGCAAGGUAUUGAACCAACCUUGGAGAAAGUGAUUUACCCAGAGUAUAAGGAGGAGUCUGAAGACACUCAGCUGGGAGCUGAUGCAAUUGACUCGACAGAGAAUGCAGAAGAUAAUGAGACUGCACAGCUGGGAGCUGAUGCAAUGGACUCGACAGAGAAAACUGCAGUAGAUAAUGAGAACUCACAGCUGGGAGCUGAUGCAAUUGACUCGACAGAGAAUGCAGAAGAUAAUGAGACUGCACAGCUGGGAGCUGAUGCAAUGGACUCGACAGAGAAAACUGCAGUAUAUAAUGAGACUCGAGGCGAGCCCCAGGCUGCUGCAGUAGACUCACAGUCUUUGAACUCAGGGGGCACUUGCGAUGAGAGCUUGCAGAAGAGUUCACCAGAAGAAGCUGCAGAGGAGCGAGCUAAUGAAGAAGAUACACUGCCGGCAUCAAAUGAUACGGAGACAACAGAAGUGGCUGCAGAAAGCCCUGAGACUCCUGACGAUACUCUCACUGAGCAGCCAGAGAACACCUUGAAUGAGAGCUCAGAGAUAAGUUUACCAGAUGAAACUACAGAGGCAGCGGAGAAUGAGGAAGAUGGAGAAGCUGAUUAGUAAGACGGAUGACAUUCAGCUCGAGGUUAAGAUCGUGCUGAGAUUGAAGCUGUCAAGGAUGUGAUCAACAGCUGAGGAAUCAACCUCAGUCGCCACAUAGACACCCAGGUGGGGUAACAUUUCAGGAAAGCAUCAAAUACACAAUCAUGAUGGGAUGCAUGAAGAAAAAAUCAAUAACUACUUGCAAUCUAAUGUCAAUUUAUUCAAAAUGUUAAUUGUAAAUCAAGUAUUCAUAAAUAGAGGCCUUGUUACAAACAAUAAAAAAAGAUCAAUGCAGUACAA